AAUGAAAUCUAUGUAGACCUAUUCUGUGUAUUGUGUCUCCCAGGUCUGGGCCUCAAGGUGGGGCAGAGUGAGGUGGGUGGUGGGGAAGGAAGGCCUAGUCCCCCAUCCUUACAAGAGGCCAGCCCCAGCUUCUGCUCCAGUAGCCCCUAGCCUUAGCCCCUUCAGGACCGAGCUGGAACCAUGAGCACAGGCAAGCCCAGCGGAAUCAAGCCCCCCAGUAAGAUAACCAGGCCAACUGGGUUACCAACACGCACCUCCCCUUCCUCUGGUAAGAAUCAUCCGCAGGGCUCAUCGUGUGUGUGUGUGUGUGUGUGUGUGUGUGUGUGUGCUGCAGAUGAUGAGGAUGAUUGUUUUUCCAGCUGCUUCCAAGCCUGUGCCCCCUGAGAAGUCUCCCACCCAGGAUGGAGCAGUGGACUACCAGGUGGGGGAGAAGGUGUGGGUCAACGGUAACAAGCCAGGAUAUGUCCACUUCCUGGGGGGUACACAGUUUGCCCCGGGCCAGUGGGCCGGCAUCAUCCUGGAUGAGGCUAUCGGGAAGAACGACGGGUCGGUAGCGGGGGUCCAGUACUUCCAGUGUGAGGACGGAAGAGGGAUAUUCACACGGCCCUCCAAGUUGACCAAGACAGCAUUGCCGGAGAGGGAGGCCAAUGGUGGGCAGCCUAACCCUGGCGUGACAGGGGCCAACUCCCCUAGCUCUGCUGCUGCUGGGGCUGCUACUACCACUGGUAACAGCACCAAGACACCGCUGAGUAGAACCGUGACGGGCAGUGGGUCAGUGUCCAACCUCUCUGAGACUGACUCAGCCAAGAAGACCAGAAGAGAACUGAGACUGGGAGACCGCGUGCUGGUGAGUGUGUGUCUGUGUGUGUGUGUGUUUGUGUAUGUGUGCACAUGUUUGUGUUUCUGGCUCACAUAUGUGUUAACUCACAGCUCUUUCUCCUUCUCUACCCACCUCUCUUUCUCUCUCCCACCUCUCUAUCUCUCUCAAGGUGGGGGGUACUAAGGCAGGGGUGGUGAGGUUCAUGGGGGAGACAGACUUUGCCAAGGCGGAGUGGUGUGGAGUGGAGCUGGACGAACCUCUUGGGAAGAAUGAUGGAGCUGUGGCUGGAACCAGGUUAGAUAUAAUAUGACACGUAUAGACAGAGAGCCUUAAAAUAAUGAUACUGAAUAAAAACCUGUCCUCUUAUGAUUAUGAUGCAAGUCAAAAAUAAAUACAUAAAAUCACAUUUUAUUUGUCACAUGCGCCGAAUACAACAAGUAUACACUUCACCGUGAAAUGCUUACUUACGAGCCCUUUCCCAACAAUGCAGAGUUAAAAAGUAAGAAGAUUAGCAAAUAAAAACUAAAAAAGGAAAGAGUAACACAAUAAAAUAACAAUAACGAGGCUAUAUACAAGGUGUACCGGUACCUAAGUCAAUGUUCUGGGGGUACGAGGUAGUUAAGGUGAUUGAGGUAAUAUGUACAUGUAGGUAGGGGUAAAAGUGACUAAGCAAUCAGGAUAGAUAAUAAACAGAGUAGGAGCAGCGAGUGUGAAAGUGUGUCUAUGUGUGAAUGUGUGUGUGUGUGUUUGUCAUCAAUAUGUAUGUGUGUGUGGGUUUUUUGUGUGUGAGCUUAUGUAGUGUGUGUGUGUGUUUGUCGUGGUCAAAGGUUUUGAGAAUGACACAAGUAUUGGUCUUCACAAAGUUCGCUGCUUCAGUGUUAUGAGAUAUUUUUGUCAGAUGUUACUAUGGUAUGCUGAAGUAUAAUUACAAGCAUUCCAUAAGUGUCAAAGGCUUUUAUUGACAAUUACAUUAAGUUUAUGCAAAGAGUCAAUAUUUGCAGUGUUGACCCUUCUUUAUCAAGACCUCUGCAAUCCGCCCUGGCAUGCUGUCAAUUAACUUCUGGGCCACAUCCUGACUAAUGGCAGCCCAUUCUUGCAUAAUCAAUGCUUGGAGUUUGUCAGAAUUUGUGGGUUUUUGUUUGUCCACCCGCCUCUUGAGGAUCGACCACAAGUUCUCAAUGGGAUUAAGGUCUGGGGAGUUUCCUGGCCAUGUUUUGUUCCCCGAACAACUUAGUUAUCACUUUUGCCUUAUGGCGAGGUGCUCCAUUAUGCUGGAAAAGGCAUUGGUCGUCACCAAACUGUUCUUGGAUGGUUGGGAGAAGUUGCUCUCUGAGGAUGUGUUGGUACCAUUCUUUAUUCAUGGCUGUGUUCUUAGGCAAAAUUGUGAGUGAGCCCACUCCCUUGGCUGAGAAGCAACCCCACACAUGAAUGGUCUCAGGAUGCUUUACUGUUGGCAUGACACAGGACUGAUGGUAGCACUCACCUUGUCUUCUCCUUACAAGGUGUUUUCUGGAUGCCCCAAACAAUCGGAAAGGGGAUUCAUCAGAGAAAAUGACUUUACCCCAGUCGUCAGCAGUCCAAUCCCUGUACCUUUUGCAGAAUAUCAGUCUGUCCCUGAUGUUUUUCCUGGAGAGAAGUGGCUUCUUUGCUGCCCUUCUUGACACCAGGCCAUCCUCCAAAAGUCUUCGCCUCAUUGUGCGUGCAGAUGCACUCACACCUGCCUGCUGACAUUCCUGAGCAAGCUCUGCACUGGUGGUGCCCCGAUCCCGCAGCUGAAUCAACUUUAGGAGACGGUCCUGGCGCUUGCUGGACUUUCUUGGGCGCCCUGGCGCCUUCUUCACAACAAUUGAACCUCUCUCCUUGAAGUUCUUGAUGAUCUGAUAAAUGGUUGAUUUAGGUGCAAUCUUACUAGCAGCAAUAUUACAUUUUUUACAUUUACGUCAUUUAGCAGACGCUCUUAUCCAGAGCGACUUACAGGAGCAAUUAGGGUUAAGUGCCUUGCUUAAGGGCACAUCGACAGAUUUUCACCUAGUCGGCUCGGGGAUUAGAACCAGCGACCUUUCGGUUACUGGCACAACGCUCUUACCCACUAAGCUACCUGCAGUCUUAUGGCUUGGGGGUGGAAGCUGUUCAGGAGCCUUUUGGUCCCAGACUUGGUGCUCCGGUACCGCUUGCCGUGCGCAAGCAGAGAGAACAGUCUAUCACUUGGGUGGCUGGAGUCUUUGACAAUUUUUAGGGCCUUCCUCAGACACCGCCUGGUAUAGAGGUCCUGGACGGCAGGGAGCUCGGCCCCAUUGAUGUACUGCGCCGUACGCACUACCCUCUGUAGCGCCUUGUGGUCAGAUGCCAAGCAGUUGCCAUACCAAGCGGUGAUGCAGUCAGUCAAGAUGCUCUCAAUGGUGCAGCUGUAUAACUUUUAGAGGAUCUGAGGGCCCAUUCCAAAUAUUUUCAACCUCCUGAGGGGGAAGAGACGUUUUCGUGCCCUCUUCACGACUGUGUUGGUGUGUGUGGACCAUGAGGAACUUGAAGCUCUUGACCCGCUCCACUUCAGCCCGGCUCUCCGUUUCCUGUAGUCCACUAUCAGCUCCUUUGUCUUGCUGACGUUGAGGGAGAGGUUGUUGUCCUGGCACCACACUGCCAGGUCUAUGACCUCCUCCCUGUAGGCUGUGUUACUGUCGUCGUAAUCAGGCCUACCACCGUCGUUUCGUUGGCAAACUUAAUGAUGGUGUUGGAGUCGUGUGCGGCCACGUGGUCGUGAGUGAACAAGGAGUACAGGAGGGGACUAAGCACACACCCCUGAGGGGCCCCCGUGUUGAGGGUCAGCGUGGUGGAUGUGUUAUUGCCUACACUAACCACCUGGGGGGGCCCGUCAGGAAGUCCAGGAUCCAGUUGCAGAGGGAGAGGUUUAAUCCCAGGGUCCUUAGCUUAGUGGUGAGCUUGCAGAGCCCUAUGGUGUUUAACACUGAGCUGUAGUCAAUGAAUAGCAUUCUUAAGUAGGUGUUCCUUUUGUCCAGGUGGGAAAGGGAAGUGUGGAGUGCAAUACAGAUUGUGUCAUCUGUGGAUCUGUUGGGGCGGUAUACAAAUUGCAGUCAGUGUUCAUUGUUGUUGACAUGCAACGUUUGUUUGGCUCUUGUUGCCUCUGAAAUAAAUAAAUAGCAUAAAAUAACUUUGAAACCUUUUGAGUGGGGACCCUCUACACUGAAUCAGUGUUGUUGACAUCCUCUGUUUUCUCUUUCUUUUGUCUCCAGGUAUUUCCAGUGCCUGCCGCGAUACGGACUGUUUGCCCCAGUCCAUAAAGUGACUCGUAUCGGCUUCCCCAGCACCCUGGCUAAAGCCAAGGCCUCCUCUCGGAGACACUCCACCAUGAAGAGGAGUCCCAGCGCCUCCUCCAUGAGCUCCCUGAGCUCUGUCACUUCCUCUGUUAGUGGGAAACCCAGCCGCGCUGGCCUGGUGAGACAAACACAAACACAUACACACACUAGAGGCUGCUGCUGCCUAUUGAAAUCACUGGCCACUUUAAGAAAUGGAACACUAGUCACUUUAAUAAUGUUUACAUAUCUUGCACUACUCAUCUCAUAUGUAUAUACUGCAUUCUAUUCUAUAAUACUCUACUGUGUCUUAGUCAUGCCGCUCUGUCAUUGCUUGUCCAUUCCUUACUAGUUUUGUGUGUAUUGGGUAUAUGUUGUGAAAUUGUUAGAUAUUACUUGUUAGAUAUUACUGCACUGUCGGAGCUAGAAGCACAAGCAUUUCACUACAUCCGCUAUAACAUCUGCUAAACACGUGUACGUGACAAAUAACAUUUGAUUUGAUUUGAUUUGACACGCACGCACACACACGAGCAAGUCCGUUUUUUUCUUUCCUCUGCUCUCUAAAUAUGUCCGUCUCACUACCCCCCCCCCCAGUUGACAGAGACCUCGUCGCGGUAUGCUCGUAAGAUCUCUGGCACCACAGCGCUACAGGAAGCCCUGAAGGAGAAGCAGCAGCACAUCGAACAGCUAUUGGCCGAGAGGGACAUGGAACGCGGGGAGGUGGCCAAGGCAACCAGCCAUGCUGGAGAGGUGCAGCAGGAACUGUCUCUGCUCACGAAGGUUCAGGAGCAGGUGAGGGACGGGUAGAAAACACAUACACACAGAAAGAGAAAAAUACAAUACACACCUGGACUAUCCGUCUCCCACACAGGCUUUAUGUUGUUGACCAUAGAAAAGUAUGACCUAUGACCUAUAGCAAACCUUACUUACAGUACAAUGUCCACUUUUCAAUGUCAUGACACUGUACUGUACUAUCGAAAUGCAUUAAUAUAGCGCGUGUGUGUGUGUGUGUGGGUGUGUGUGUGUGUGUGUGUGUGUGUGGGUGUGUGUGGGUGUGGGUGUGUGUGGGUGUGUGUGUGUGUGGGUGUGUGUGUGGGUGGGUGUGGGUGUGGGUGUGGGUGCGUGUGUGUGGGUGGGUGUGUGUGUGUGGGUGGGUGUGUGUGUGUGCUAGUAUGCUAUGGAGAUGGAAGAUAAGCUGGACCAGUUGCGUAAACUGGUGGAGACGGCAGACAGAGACAAGGUGGAGCUGCUCAGCCAACUGGAGGAGGAGAAGAGGUGUGUGCGUCUUGCAUGGUAGGGGAUGGAGCCUGGGAUGUUGGAGGAGAGGAGGGUAGGAUGACUCUUUCUAUCUGUCUGACAGGAAAGUGGAAGACCUGCAGUUCACUGUGGAAGAGGCUUGCAUCACUAAAGGUGACCUAGAGGUAAACAAAUGAUUCAGUACUCUCUACUCUGACACACACACACACACACACACACACACACAGUCUGAUUCAAUUUUUUACCUAAGCUAACAGAACCCAGACAAUGUUAUUUCACAUAGUGAAAACCACAUAGAGCUGAUGUUGUUACACAGUUGUUGCACCUUUCUCAUUUCAACUACUCAUGAAACACCGAUACAUAAUUAUGUCAUUUCCUUUGGUCUAUCUAAAACGCCAUACCCUCAUCUGUACUGUGUCAUGACUCCAUGUUUUGUUCUAUGACACACCCUUUAUAUACUCAGAGAACAAUGCUGGGUGAGUGUUUAAUACAGUAUAGUUCACCAGUUGACCACGGUUCUCAUCAUCUUGGUUGGUUAGCUGAAGCUCUCUCGCUCAUCUGAUUGGUUACUUGAAGCUCUCUCACUCUCAUCCGAUUGGUUAGCAGAAGCUCUCUAACUCUCAUCCGAUUGGUUACCUGAAGCUCUCUCACUCUCAUCCGAUUGGUUAGCUGAAGCUCUCUCACUCUCAUCCGAUUGGUUACCUGAAGCUCUCUCACUCUCAUCCGAUUGGUUAGCUGAAGCUUUCUCACUCAUCUGAUUGGUUACCUGAAGCUCUCUCACUCUCAUCCGAUUGGUUACCUGAAACUCUCACUCUCAUCCGAUUGGUUAGCUGAAGCUUUCUCACUCAUCUGAUUGGUAGCUGAAGCUCUCUCACUCAUCCAAUUGGUUAGCUGAAAUGAUUUUUCAUAGUCUCUCCUCACUAUCCCACUUCAUACAUCUCCUCUGGAAGGUCUGGUUCAGUAGCUCCAGCAGUUUGGGGAUGUGCAUAUUUUAACCCUUAUUCACUACUACCCACUAAAGUGCACAUGUUGGCAUGGUGGUGGGUGAGUUCAUGGUUUUCACAAUAUCUGCUCUUGAUUUUGGCUUUUGCUGCUGGACUAAUAAAGAAACCAAAACUAUUUUCAAUAAUUCUAUCAAGGCUUUUGGUUAUCCACACGUUCAUUAAAUUAAAUUUAAUUUAAUUUUUCAUCUGAUCAUCUAUUCCUUUAAUCUCUUUCAUUUCCUGGCCCUCAUCAAUUCCCUCAUUCAUGACUUGCUUUCGUUCUUUUAUUUGCUCCCCUCUUAUUCUUUCUUUGUUUUUCUAUCUAUCGCCUCCUUCUUGAGAGCUCUCUUUUCUCUCCUUGCCACGCCUCUUCUCUUUUCACAUUCUUUCAACUCUCUCUCUCGCCUUCACUCCCUCUCUCUUCCUCGCUCAUGGAGAGGGUGAUGUCACAAAGCCUUCAUCUGUCUCUCUCUCUCUCUCUCUCCCUUUGGCGCUUACAGAAGAGCAAGAAGGAUAGAGCGAUGAUGUCACUGAUUGUAAGACCUUGUCAAGAAAAUGUUAGAGCACUGGGAGCCAAAGUGAACAGAACCGAAUCCACAAGAUAGAGCUGUCCUGAAAAUAGAUCCAAGCAGAUCUAUAGAUACACUAGACACAGUUUGGCAAACUCAAUUAAUGAAAAGUUGCAAGACAAAUGCUUAGAUUGAUAAGAAUGUUAUCUUUAUGUAGCUGUUGGUGCCAACAUGGAGGAUAGUUAGCGGAACUCUGUACAUCUGGGACUCAGCCAACCAAAGACCCAAAUAGAGGUGGUUAGUGUGCGGCUCAGUCCCAUAGAGGUUCACUUUAGAGGGUUAGAGUCCUUUUAUAAGAUUUAGGCUGUGUCUCAAAUGGCACCAUAUUCCCUAUAUGCCUCUAUAUAUGGGUCUGCUCAUUGAGGAUUUGUUCUAAUAGAAUCUUUUGAAUAUAACAUUUGAAAUAAAAUAGAACCCACUGAAAUAAAACCUUUGGCUCUCAUAUGCUCUUCCUACUUCCUGGUCUCUACUAUGACAUCAUUGUUUGCUGUCCUAUCCUUGUAUGUGGCAUGAUGCUGGCAUGUGACGCUGGUGUUGGUGUGUUCUCCUCUUCCUCCUCUUCCUCUCUCUGACUAACAGACGCAGACCAAGCUGGAGCAUGCCCACAGUAAGGAGCUUGAGCAGAGCCUUCUGUUUGAAAAGACCAAAGCUGACAAACUGCAGAGGGACUUAGAGGACACUAGGGUAAUGCCAUCAUAGACAUAAUAUAUAGGACAUCAUCGGGUACUACCUCUGGAUAUUCCUGGAUCUUACGUUCUAGACGCAGUAGGGUUGGGGUGUAUGUUGUGGAUUGUAGUUAUCGCAAUAUAAAUGUCCACAAUAAAAGGAAUGUCUGCAACUCUGGUAUGCUUCCGUGGUGAUUUAAUCAGACGCACAAUAAAGACAACGUUUCGAACCGAGUUGGAUUUUCGUCAGGUCAUACACCACUGAAAUAACCUCUAGAGGUAUGUACUUACGGUCAGUUAAAUACAUAUAGUACAUAAACAUCACAAUAAAUAUUACACAGUAGACAUAUAUGGAAAAACAUGAAUACAUUUUAUUUUAUUUUAUCCAUGUCAAGUAAUAUAGGUGUGAAAUAGAUUUUUGUGUAAAAUGUAAAAAAGCAGCCCCUUGUGAGCAGAGCACAUUUUACAGAAAUGGUUUUAUAUCUAGUUCUUCGUUUAGACCUCUUGGAGACAGAAUGUUGAAGAAAUGUAUCCAAAAGGACUCUCUUCUCAGGAGGAAAUUGUCAAAUUGCCACAGCAUUCCAUAAUGUUUCCUCUGCAUGCCCCAAACUCUCUGGAACAAAAAGCUGUUCUCAUGCUGCUGCGACUAAUACCCGAGUCUUACCUGCACACUCUUACCUUGCCUUGAUACUGUUCUUCAUAUACUAUCUCAAAAAAGAUGGAUGGGCUAGGGCUGGCUCUCUCUCUACUCUCUCCCCUCUCAUUCCCCCCUCUUAUUCUCCCUCCCCCUUCUCUCUCUCCCCAGGUGGCCACAGUGUCUGAGCGGUCCAGGAUCAUGGAGCUGGAGAGAGAGGUAGCGGAGCUGCAGUUGAGACUAUGCUCCUCCCAGCAGACAGUGGGCGCUGUAUCACUGUCACCAGAGGAGCUCAGCAACCUCAAGGCCCGGGCCCAGUCCCAGGAGAAGAAGGUGGGGGGUCUCAUAGCCCUGGUCAAAAAACAUCCCCUUAAUAACCCCUUAGCUCCUACCCCUCUCCCAAGGAUGGGCAACUCAAGUCCCAAACUGGCCUCAGGGCAAUUUGUAGGAUUUGGGACGUACAUUUGUGUCCCUCUAUUUAGUAUGAUAUGUUGCGUUACGUUAUGAACGGAAUAUUGGUCGGACAUUAUCAUACGAAUUGGAGGACAUAUAGUAUCAUACGUCAUACCUGGUCGUACAAUAUCAUACGAAUUAGAUGAUGUAACGUAUCAUACAUCUUUGCGGACGUAUAGUAUUAUACGUCUUGCUCUGAGACCACUCAUCCUCCCACCCAUCCUCCACGACCAACCUUGUUUCUGUCAUAAGUAACCAGACCAUUAUUCCAUUUGUAACUUAACGUAACAUAUCAUACUAAAUGGAGGCACACAAAUGUAUACUGAACAAAAAUAAAAACGCAACAUGUAAAGUGUUUCAUGAGCUGAAAUAAAAGAUCCCUGAAAUUUUCCAUACGUACAAAAAGCUUAUUUCUCUCAAAUUUUGUGCACAAAGUUGUUUACACCCGUUAGUGAACAUUUCUCCUUUGCCAAGAUAAUCCAUUCACCUGACCGGUGUGGCAUAUCAAGAAGCUGAUUAAACAGCAUGAUCAUUACACAGGUGCACCUUGUGCUGGGGACAAUAAAAGACCACUCUAAAAUGUGCAGUUUUGUCACACAACAAUGCCACAUAUGUCUCAAGUUUUGAGGGAGCGUGCAAUUGGCAUGCUGACUGCAGGAAUGUCCAAUUUCUGAACCAUAAGCCGCCUCCAAAGUCGUUUUGGAGAAUUUGGCAGUACGUCCAACCGACCUCACAACCACAGACCACGUGUAACCACGCCAGCCCAGGACCUCCACAUAUGGCUUCUUCACCUGCAGGAUCGUCUGAGACCAGCCACACAGACAGCUGAUGAAACUAUUUCUGUAGAAGAAGUAUUUCUGUCUGUAAUAAAGCCCUUUUGUGGGGAAAAACGAAUUCUGAUUGGCUGCGCCUGGCUCCCCAGUGGGUAGGCCUAUGGCUGCGCCCCUCCUGCCCAGUCAAUUGAAAUCCAUAGAUUAGGGCCUCAUUUAUUUAUUUCUAUUGACUGAUUUCCGUAUAUGAACUGUAACUCAUUGAAAUUGUUGCAUGAUGCAUUUAUAUUUUUGUUCAGUAUAUGUUCCAAAGCAGAUGUCUGUUGAAUGUGGUCAGGCUGACAGUCCUGGCCUGCUGUGUGUGCACAGCUUUUGUUCCACCCUGUGUGUGUAGGCUUUUGUUCCAGCCCGGUCAUACCCAUGGUCUUUGCAUUUACAAUCCUCUGGUUUUGCCUCCCUUUUGACAUUACUAUGUCUCCCGCCUGUCUUCCCCUCCAGAUCAGUGAACUGAGUGUGGAUCUGGACAGCAGGCAGAAACAGCUACACUCGGUAGAGGAGGACAAGAGCUCCCUGGAACAGCAGCUAACCAGCCUGGUGAGACACACACACACGGUCAUGAUGAUGAAAGUCAUUAUCCUUCCCUGUAUAGCUCAUGGAGAAAGAAUGUUAUUGCUCUCUAGUCAAUCAAUCAAUCAAUCAAAUGUAUUUAUAGAGCCCUUUUUACAGUGGGGAAAAAAAGUAUUUAGUCAGCCACCAAUUGUGCAAGUUCUCCCACUUAAAAAGAUGAGAGAGGCCUGUAAUUUUCAUCAUAGGUACACGUCAACUAUGACAGACAAAUUGAGAAGAAAAAAAUCCAGAAAAUCACAUUGUAGGAUUUUUAAUGAAUUUAUUUGCAAAUUAUGGUGGAAAAUAAGUAUUUGGUCACCUACAAACAAGCAAGAUUUCUGGCUCUCACAGACCUGUAACUUCUUCUUUAAGAGGCUCCUCUGUCCUCCACUCUUUACCUGUAUUAAUGGCACCUGUUUGAACUUGUUAUCAGUAUAAAAGACACCUGUCCACAACCUCAAACAGUCACACUCCAAACUCCACUAUGGCCAAGACCAAAGAGCUGUCAAAGGACACCAGAAACAAAAUUGUAGACCUGCACCAGGCUGGGAAGACUGAAUCUGAAGACUGUCCAGGCCCGUCUGAAGUUUGCUAGAGUGCAUUUGGAUGAUCCAGAAGAGGAUUGGGAGAAUGUCAUAUGGUCAGAUGAAACCAAAAUAGAACCUUUUGGUAAAAACUCAACUCGUCGUGUUUGGAGGACAAAGAAUGCUGAGUUGCAUCCAAAGAACACCAUACCUACUGUGAAGCAUGGGGGUGGAGACAUCAUGCUUUGGGGCUGUUUUUCUGCAAAGGGACCAGGACGACUGAUCCCUGUAAAGGAAAGAAUGAAUGGGGCCAUGUAUCGUGAGAUUUUGAGUGAAAACCUCCUUCCAUCAGCAAGGGCAUUGAAGAUGAAACAUGGCUGGGUCUUUCAGCAUGACAAUGAUCCCAAACACACCGCCCGGGCAACGAAGGAGUGGCUUCGUAAGAAGCAUUUCAAGGUCCUGGAGUGGCCUAGCCAGUCUAAAGAUCUCAACCCCAUAAGUCUGUGUUGCCCAGCGACAGCCCCAAAACAUCACUGCUCUAGAGGAGAUCUGCAUGGAGGAAUGGGCCAAAAUACCAGCAAUAGUGUGUGAAAACCUUGUGAAGACUUACAGAAAACGUUUGACCUGUGUCAUUGCCAACAAAGGGUAUAUAACAAAGUAUUGAGAAAUUUUUGUUAUUGACCAAAUACUUAUUUUCCACCAUAAUUUGCAAAUACAUUCAUUAAAAAUCCUACAAUGUGAUUUUCUGGAAAAAAAAUUCUCAUUUUGUCUGUCAUAGUUGACGUGUACCUAUGAUGAAAAUUACAGGCCUCUCUCAUCUUUUUAAGUGGGAGAACUUGCACAAUUGGUGGCUGACUAAAUACUUUUUUUCCCCAUUGUACAAAGGACAGCCCCUACACCACCAAAGAGAUAUCAACAGACCACUAACUUACUACCCUGAUGAGGGAAAAAAGUAUUUGAUCCCCCUUCUGACAAAGAAAUGAUCAGUCUAUAAUUUCAAUGGUAGGUUUAUUUGAACAGUGAGAGACAGAAUAACAACAAAUAAAUCCAGAAAAACGCAUGUCAAAAAUGUUAUAAAUUGAUUUGCAUUUGAAUGAGGGAAAUAAGUAUUUGACCCCCUCUCAAUCAGAAAGAUUUCUGGCUCCAGGUGUCUUUUAUACAGGUAAUGAGCUGAGAUUAGGAGCAUACUCUUAAAGGGAGACACCUGUCCACAGAAGCAAUCAAUCAAUCAGAUUCCAAACUCUCCACCAUGGCCAAGACCAAAGAGCUCUCCAAUGAUGUCAGGGACAAUAUUGUAGACCUACACAAGGCUGGAAUGGGCUACAAGAGCAUCGCCAAGCAGCUUGGUGAGAAGGUGACAGCAGUUGGUGCGAUUAUUCGCAAAUGGAAGAAACACAAAAGACCUGUCAAUCUCCCUCGGCUUGUGGCUCCAUGCAAGAUCUCACCUCGUGGAGUUGCAAUGAUCAUUAGAACGGUGAGGAAUCAGCCCAGAACUACACGGGAGGAUCUUGUCAAUGAUCUCAAGGCAGCUGGGACCAUAGUCACCAAGAAAACAAUUGGUAACACACUACGGCGUGAACGACUGAAAUCCUGCAGCGCCCGCAAGGUCCCCCUGCUCAAGAAAGCACAUAUACAGGCCCGUCUGAAGUUUGCCAAUGAACAUCUGAAUGAUUCAGAGGAGAACUGGGUGAAAGUGUUGUGAUCAGAUGAGACCAAAAUCGAGCUCUUUGGCAUCAACUCAACUCGCCGUGUUUGGAGGAGGAGGAAUGCUGCCUAUGACCCCAAGAACACCAUCCCUACCGUCAAACAUGGAGGUGGAAACAUUAUGCUUUGGGGGUGUUUUUCUGAUAAGGGGACAGGACAACUUCACCGCAUCAAAGGGAUGAUGGACGGGGCCAUGUACCGUCAAAUCUUGGGUGAGAACCUCCUUCCCUCAGCCAGGGCAUUGAAAAUGGGUCGUGACAAUGACCCAAAACACACGGCCAAGGCAACAAAGGAGUGGCUCAAUAAGAAGCACAUUAAGGUCCUGGAGUGGCCUAGCCAGUCUCCAGACCUUAAUCCCAUAGAAAAUCUGUGGAGGGAGCUGAAGGUUAGAGUUGCCAAACGUCAGCCUCGAAACCUUAAUGACUUGGAGAAGAUCUGCAAAGAGGAGUGGGACAAAAUCCCUCCUGAGAUGUAUGCAAACCUGGUGGCCAACUACAAGAAACGUCUGACCUCUGUGAUUGCCAACAAGGGUUUUGUCACCAAGUACUAAGUCAUGUUUUGCAGAGGGGUCAAGUACUUAUUUCCCUCAAUAAAAUGCAAAUCAAUUUAUAACAUUUUUGACAUGCGUUUUUCUGGAUUUUGUUGUUGUUAUUCUGUCUCUCACUGUUCAAAUAAACCUACCAUUCAAAUGAUAGACUGAUCAUGUCUUUGUCAGUGGGCAAACGUACAAAAUCAGCAGGGGUUCAAAUACUUUUUUCCCUCACUGUACAACGCAGAGUAUAGCCCACGUUGAUCUCCCCAACUACACAAGCCUGAGGGGGCUCAAAACCGGACAGGAAGAUCACUUCAAGGACUCAACCCACUCAAGUCGAGUAUAGCGAAUAAAGCCUGGCAUGACCUGAUGCACCUUUCCUAGGGACGACAUGGGAGAGCGCGAGCAGCCAGUGACUCAGACCCCGUAAUAGGGUCAGAGGCAGAGAAUCCCAGUGGAGAGAGGGGUGCCAGCCAAGCAGAAACAGCAAGGGUAGUUCGUCACUCCAGUGCCUUGCCGUUCACCUUUGCACCCCUGGGCCAGACUACACUCAAUCAUAGGACCUACUUAAGAGUGAAGUUUGUUGUUGUGUUGUUGUUUGUUUGUUUGCCAUUUCAGAGACAGAAACUGGACGCAGCAAACAAAGACAACAAGAGAAAGGCACAAACCUUGCAAGGUAAGAAACUUUCGGCUUAUUCUGGAUUCAGGAAAACAGCCCUAUGAGAGGCGCUGGUAAAGAUGAAUCAUGAAGAGGGAAACUUAUCUCUCCGACUUUUGUUGCAGAGCUGGAGAAGAGAGGAGAGCAGACGGGAAAAGAGAGGGAAGCACAGAGAGAAGAGAACCAACGCAAAGAGAAAGAGCUUCAGGAUAGACUGACGCAGGUGUGUGUGUGUCUGCGUCCGUGCCUGUGUGUGUGUGUGUGUGUGUUAGCGAGUGGGUGUUGUAUGGUAACAAUUGUCUUUCUGUCUGUUGUGUGUGUCCCUGUAUGUGUGCAGGUGGAAAUGUGUGUAUGUAAUGUUUGUAGCAUGAUGUAUGCAUGAAAACUGCAGCUGUGACGCACAAGGUCACAUGACGUUCUUUCAUCCAGACACACUGAAGCUGAGCUAGAUCUGUGAAGCUGAAGCUAUGGCUGCAGGCUAGCUUAACAAUGUAAAAAUGAAUACAUGACUAACACAAACACAUACACACACACACACACACACGUGACUAACCUUUUCCGUGUCACUUUAAUAUGCAGGCAGGUGUCUACUUUAUGUAAUGUUUAUAUAACUAAAUAACUAGUUAAUGUUUCACCAUAGUUAAUUAUUGAAGAUGUAUUAUUUCAAAUUAAGUUUGAACUUAAUUAACUUUUAAGAGGCUGUUCUUGUGGAUUUAGACAUCUUUUAGAAGUAGAAUGAUUAAUUAGUUUUAUAGCUUUAGAGAAAGCAUUAUGUAUUAUUGAUGGGAUUUGUGGAGACUUGCACCAAUGGUCUGUUUGUAGUAAAGAUCAAUCAUUUUAAACAAAAGUUAGUUAUAGAUCAAAAUAUAUUAUAUAAUGUUUACUAAACAUGGCCCCUCCCCCAGGCUGCUGAGUCAUCAGAGAGGACCGCCCACUCACUGGAGCAGUUGACCAAUGAGAAGACAGUGCUAGAGGCUCAGGUGAGGAUUAGGGUAGCUCAGAUGAAAAGUCAGUUUGUCAUAUCUCUGAUGUAAAGCAGGCUUUAAUGCUUAUGUAAGCUUCAUAUGUGUCUGUGUGUGUGUGUGUGCACGCGAGCAUGUGUGUGUGUGUGUGUGUGUGUGCAUGUGUGUGUGUGUGUGUGUGUGCAUGUGUGUGUGUGUGUGUGUGUGUGUGUGUGUGUAGGGUCCUGA